UUCCGGUGACGUCAUCGUUCACAGUCCGCCCGUGUUCGCGGUAUUACCGCCCUUACUGCUGGGAAUCCGUAUCGGCCGACCGACCCUGUCGCCUGCCGCGGCUGCCAGGCCGGCUGACGCACCGGUCAUUCAUGGACGGUAGUAGUUCUGUUGGACUGUGGACCGGCCCUGCGGGCCGGCUCCUCCCUGAACUGUGACCCGCGGGGGAGGUCGCCUGCCCCUCCCCACGCCGUCGUGGUGCUCGUCGCUGUGCGGGAGGGGCGACUCGCAGUCGGUGACGGUGGACGAUAGAGGGAGGGCGGCAGGCGGCCGGCAGCACCGCGGUACCCGACACGUGCGUCCCGUCUGUGUCUAGUCUAGUCUCGUCCGCUCAGGGUCGGUCCUCUGCAGUGCUCCUCUCUCACUCAUCACAGAGUGACCGGCUGGCAGUUGUGUUCAACGGACAGGAACCAAACAGGCAGGUCUAACGAUGCUGGGCACCGUCGUAGCCUCGCUCGGGGUGGGCGUGGCCGCCAGCGUCAUGUUCGUGUAUGACGUCAUAACGCUACCAAUCUACACCAUCCUACAGAAGCCCUGGGUCCGGAUCAAAAAGGCCAAAAAGAUUCGGGCCAAGGAGGUACCGGGAUCGGUAUGUCGCUACAGGAACUACGACGACCCGAUCGGCUUCCAGGUCACCAUGAAGCGCGAAAAACUCGACACCGUCGAAAAGAUCGUCCGGUACGCCGUCAAACAGCACGGUGACAAGAAGGGCUUUGGAACGCGAGCCAUCCUCUCUGAGGAGAACGAGACGCAGCCCAACGGAAAGGUGUUCAAAAAGUUUGUGAUGGGCGACUACCAGUGGACGAGUUACGUCCAGUUCGCGGCGCGUGCCGACGCGUUCGGCCGAGCCCUUCUGGCGGAGGGCGUGAAGCCGGGCGGACGCGUCUGUAUCUUCGCCGAGACGCGGCAGGAGUGGCUGGAGGCCGCUGUCGGCGCGUUCACUCAGAAUGUCACCGUGGUGACCCUGUACGCCACCCUCGGUGAGGACGCCGUCGCUCAUGGUAUCAACGAGACCGAGGUGGCUCACGUGAUCACGACGCACUCACUGAUGCCCAAGGUGAAGACGAUCCUGAGCAGCUGCAGCAAGGUCUCGCACGUCAUCUAUAUGGAGGACCAGCUGGAGAAGACAGACACCUCGGGAGUGAAGAGCGGCGUCAAGGUGAUCCCGUUCGCCGACAUGCUGAAGAAGGGACACGACGCCAAGUUCGAGGCACACCCGCCCACCAGCGACGACAUCGCCAUCAUCAUGUACACCUCCGGCUCUACUGGCACCCCGAAGGGCGUCAUGGUCUCCCACUACAACAUGGUGUCGACGAUGACGGGGUUCGCGGUGGCGCUGGUGCCCUCACCCGAGGACGUCUACCUGGGCUACCUGCCGCUGGCACACGUCCUCGAACUGAUGGCAGAGCUGUGCGCGGUGAUGUUCGGCGUUCCGAUCGGCUACAGCUCUCCGCUCACACUGAUGGACAAGUCGAGCAAGAUCAAGCGCGGCUGCCAGGGCGACUGCUCGGUGCUCCGGCCGACGCUGAUGGCCGCCGUGCCCAUGAUCCUCGACAGGGUCGCUCAGGGUAUCAAGGAGCAGAUGCACUCUGCGGGCCGUCUGGCUCAGGGCCUGUUCAACUGGUUCGUCAUGUACAGGAACUGGUGGCGGCGGCGCGGAUUCUCCACACCCAUCCUGCACAGUCUGGUGUUCAGCCGUAUCGCCGGCCUGCUCGGCGGCCGGGUGCGGGCCAUGGUUUCUGGCGGAGCGCCACUCUCCGAGGUCACCCACGAUCUGAUCCGCUCCUGUAUCGGCUGCAGCGUCAUGCAGGGCUAUGGACUCACCGAGACGACUUCUUGCGCUUCACUGAUGGACGAGUACGACGUGGCGGUGGGCCGCGUGGGUCACCCGGUCAGCUGUUGUGACGUCCAGCUGAGCGACUGGGAGGAGGGAGGCUACAAGGUCACCGACCAGCCCCACCCCAGGGGAGAGAUCGUCGUUGGCGGUGACAACGUGACGAUGGGCUACUUCAAGCAGCCGGAGAAGACGAAGGAGGAGUUUUUCGAGUCGGACGGCCGCCGGUGGUUCCGGACGGGAGACAUCGGCCUCAUCUACCCCAACGGCACCAUCAAGAUCGUCGACCGUAAGAAGGACCUGGUGAAGCUGCAGGCGGGCGAGUACGUCUCUCUGGGACGCGUGGAGACCAUCCUCAGCACCAGCCCCUUCGUCGACAACAUGUUCGUCUACGGGGAGUCCUCCAAGAACUUCGUCGUGGCCGUGGUAGUGGCCAACGCCAAGCAGCUGGGCUUGCUGGCAAAGGAGGUGCUGGGGUCGGAGGCCGAGGGGAAGUCGCACGAGCAGCUCUGCAAGGAGGAGCGUCUGGAGGAGGAGGUCCAGAAGCGGCUGGUCAAACAGGCGCGGCACGGUCGUCUGGAGAAGGCCGAGAUCCCCGCCCGGGUGGCCCUGACCUCGGUCUCGUGGUCGCCCGAUAACAACCUGGUCACAGCCGCCUACAAACUCAAACGCAAGGAGCUCAGCAACUACUACAAGGAUGACCUGGAGCGACUGUACAAGUAGGCGGCGUGGUACCUGAGGCCGUACGCGGUACGGUACCGGUGCGGUACGCACUGCGGUACCGUACCUGGUGUAGUGUGUCCGUUGGCGGCAGCAAUAUCUCGGCAGCCCGGGCCCUGAGGUCGGUUGUGUGAGGGGUUCCCUGUAACUGGCUAGGCCCGCCUGGGAUGGGUUUUGUCUGGCAGAGUCGGUACUGAGGCCGGGAGGGUGAGCGCAGGGGACGAGAGACUUUUGGAAGGGAGUCGGUCUAGCGUUAUACUGUGGGGCCAUUUUACACUGACCUGACUCGUGUUUGGUUUGGUUUUGUGCCGACUUGACGUGUAACAGACGGUCAGAGACACCAACUAGCUGUCUCAAUGGCGCUGUUUGCAGCUCAUUGGCAGCAAUUAAUGUCGCCGAGUCGAUUUGGAAAAGCCGAGUGAGGCUGCUCGUCGGUCAGCUUCUUGACUGGUUAAAAGUAUUCAUCCAGUGAUGAAGUAAUGGAUAUUACAGUGCUUCAGGCUUUCUUUGGGUUUGAUAUUCAUGGCUGCGAGUGGGGCAUUUGAGCCGAAACAGAGUGGGUCGCCUCAGUUUGAUUCGGUAGACGUAUUCUUGUACGAACGGUAGGAGGGUGAGACUGAGCGGACUGCUGAGUCAGUUUUCUAUUUAUGCCUCAGUGUCUCGUCCUGCUUCCCCCUAAUCCGCUGUCUCAUGUCCACCCAGAGGCUUUUAGCUGGAGUAUUACGCCCGUCUACUGACACAGGAUGCGACUUUUGGCUCCGUGUGUGAAUAUUCCUGUCACGCGGUGGCCGAGUAGUUUGCCAGUACAUACUGCGGCUUAUCAGUAGUUGUUCCGCUGUGGGCCGUUCGGAACUAGUCCGAAAGUGGUGUAGCAUUUUGUAAUCAGAUUUGCAUAGAGCGUGACCCGUAACCCACCCAUUUUGUGCGUAGAUCAUUGCAUUAUACGAGUCGCGAUUGUAUGCGUGUGAUGCGUUGCUAACUGCGAUUUUAUCUUGCCUACAAAUGUCGCCUUGAUUGUAUUGAGUGGAUCACAGCUCGACAGGGUGAUUUUGUGUACAUUCUGCUUCAACGAUUUACUGCGAGCUUUUCGCGCUGCUGUGAGUGUUCUCGAGUGAGUGAGACGCCUGUUACUUGUGAGUGUGCCCCUCCGUUCGGCGGCCAGAGAACAGUCAGCAGAAAAGACAGACGGUUUGUGUGGGUCGGAGUCGCCCCCGACAUGUAUUUACAGUCUGAGGAUACGGCGCCGGCGCCCCGGUAAAAAUACACGCUGGCGCUGGA